AUGCUUUCUGCACCGCGCAUUGCCCCGGCGGCAAGCCGUUUCAUCGGCCUUGCAGCGCGACAGGGCCCUACAGUCGCUGCGUCGGCCGGACUGACGAGAGGACUAUCGACGACUGGCCCCGCGAAGAAGGAAGUCACCUUGCUUGAGGACAAGGACAAUGGGUUUGGAUUCGCCCGAUCGAACCCUAGACCGUCCAAACCUCGAAGUAAGGGGGUGACUGAGAUCAGAGGACCAUACUACUCGGUGAUGGGAAAGCGAUAUCUCGCUGAUGUGUUGGAAACGAUGGGAACCCAUGUGGAUGGACUCAAGUUCGCUGGAGGAUCUUUCUCCCUAUUCCCCGAAAAGUCCUUAAGAGAAUUGACCGAUCUUGCCCACGAAUAUGGCGUAUAUGUUUCGACGGGAGGCUGGGCUGAGCACCUUCUUACCCACCCAGACCCGAACAGUGUCUUUGACAAGUACCUUACAAAAUGCAAGGACCUAGGAUUCGAUGUGAUCGAGCUGUCUUCUGGUUUUCUCUCCUUCCCUGAGGAUGACUGGCUGCGGUUAGUUGACAAGGUCCAUUCGUACAAGUUGAAGGCGAAGCCCGAGCUAGGAAUCCAGUUCGGUGCCGGUGGGGAUACGCCGGCCUCUGGGCUUGAAGCGAUCGGCACCUCGGACCCGGGGAAGCUGGUAAACCUGGGCCAUAAGUUCCUCAACGCCGGCGUGGAGCGUUUGAUGAUUGAGUCCGAGGGGAUUACGGAGAACGUCACGUCGUGGAGGACGGAUGUCGUCUCUAAGAUCAUGAAGGAGCUCCCCCCUGAGAGGGUCAUGUUUGAGGCAGCCGAUCCGAAGGUAUACAACUGGUACAUCCGGGAGUUUGGCAUCGAUGUGAAUCUGUUUGUGGAUCACAGCCAGAUCGUGCAACUGUCCUGUCUCCGCCACGGCAUUUGGGCCGUGGAGAUGGUCGGUCCUUUCUGGGGAAAGAAACGGACCUCACCAUCACCAAUAUCUCUCUCGCUUGCGCUUCCUCUUCCCCAACCACUCCUACCCCACCUCACACUCGUUAAUUGUCUCCUGUAUUCUUCUAUACUGAAGCGAUGCCUCGUCCGGCGUUCAUAUAGCUGCGCCGGGUCUGACUGGCAACUCAUCGACCCCCGAGACCCCGCGUUCCGGCCGUACAGGAGCAGCUCUUUUACCCCGUAUUCAGCCUCCAUAGUCGAUCUCCACGAUUACCUCCUCUCUCUCCGCGGCCUUCCUCGCCCUCUUACCAUGCCCCGAGCUAGUACCGCCCCGGGGGCUCGUCUUCGAUGCAGACGAGCCUGCGACAGCUGUAAACGGAGGAAACAGAAAUGUAACGGCGAACAACCAUGUACGAUCUGUGUCCAGCGCCAUAAGGAAUCAGAAUGCCAUUUCUCGGAUAAACCCGCUCGUUUACUCAAACCAAGCAAUGCGUCAAAAGAGACCAUGCUCCUCAGCGAACAUCUAGUCGCGACCCCGCAACGACAAACCGCCAUGGAUCGUCUGUUGAAUUCGCUCGAAGACCAGGGUGCGACAAUGGAACACGAAGCUGCCGAGGACAAAGAUGGAAUAGCCCCGGUGCCGAAGGUGGCGCGACUUCUGCGCGAUGGCCAAGGGAAAUUCAUGUACAUCGGCGACUCGGCGAGCCUGUCCUUUUUGCAAAGCGUCCGGCGAAUUGUGUCUUCCUCCAUCGGUCGCUGCGAUUUCACCGAAGAUAAUUCGCGCCACUCCAUGCUGGAAGCUUUCCAGAGUAACUCCUCCACCCAGAUGCGAACCUUGAUCGAGCCUCCGAACAAUGACGAGGCUCAGCAGUUGGCCCGUCAGUUCCUCCUCGCAACCAGCCCAUUACUCGACCUGUUCGAUCUUAAUGAGUUCCAUCCACGCCUCGCCAACUGGGUCGAAAAUCCAACGGGUGACGAGGACACUGUCAGUUCGAUCUUUUACCUUGUCCUUGCCAUUGGCGCGCAGGUUUCGAGUACCGAUCAGUCCACAGCCGAACAAUAUUUCCUCAGUGGGCGUCGGCUGGCAUUCGCAGCCUUUACCGAAACGCCCAGCAUAUCCACUAUCCAGUCGUAUAUCUUGAUAACCAUGUAUAUGUUAGGGGCUUGCCGACGCAACGGGGCUUUCAUGAACCUGGGCAUUGCUCUUCGCGCCGCAUACGCGGUCGGAAUCCAUAGGAAGGAAGCAAAUGUGCUGUUUUGCACGCGUGAGAGACGGGCUCGUGAGCGAGUGUGGAAGAGUCUGCGCAUGAUGGACCUCUUUCUCAGCGCGUCCCUUGGACGACCGCCGGCAACUUCCGACUUCGAUUGUGACCCCCGGCAGGACAUGUUUCCAGCCGAGGAUCAACAACGUCUGCAGCCGGACGAGCAGCUGUCCCUCACUGUCGUUUGGCUGUGUCGUAUCUUCGAGAGGAUCCUCACUGAAGUCUAUAUGAGACAAGUAGUCUCCAUCAGCGUGGCAGAGGCUGUUUCUAAUCAGCACCGCGCUUGGGUUCGGAAUGUGCCUGCAUUCCUCCAGAUGCAGACUGAGCAGAAUGGUACCAAAACCCUCGAAGGUACAUUGGCUGCGGCGCACGUCUUUGGGUCAUAUUAUUGGUCGAUCAUUCUCCUCACCAGGCCAUUUCUUAUUUACCGAGUUGCACAGUAUGUGAAGAGCAAGAACGAGUCCACGGGCUUGUCGGAGUCGAACCGUAUCGCGCUUUUCUCGGACGCCUGUGUCUACUCCGCAUUACGGGGUCUGAAUAUCAUCGAUGAGGUGGCCCAACACAAAAACCUACCCCGGCGAUUACCAUUUCUGAUGAAUUCGGUUUUCAACUCGGCCGUCGUGCUUGGGGCUGCGUUCUUUGGUGACUACGACAACCUCCUCCCGCUGGAAGAAGGCAUGAACAAGGCCGAGAAGUUCCUGGAGCUUUUAGCAACCCAUGAUCCGCACGCCUGUCGCUAUUUUCAAAUAAUCAAAUACCUACGGGGUGCAGUUGCGGAAUACGUCCGCCGACGAAAUCGCCAGUGGAUGGAACGCCGCAGCAGGCAAGUUGACCAACUCUUCGGUCAAGUCGGCCCUGGCAAUGAGUCGUCCCCCAUGGACAACACCACGAGAACCAACCGUCGACCCGAAUCUGCCGUUCCAUCUCCCCUCUCCCCCGAAAAAUAUACCGGCUCUCUCCCUCCGCAAUCUGUUCUCCAGUCUCCGCAACCCCCACAGCCGACUCCGACGCCGGCGCAACCUGAACACGAUAUCUGGGACACACUCUGCGGCGCCGAUGGCAUUGCCUCACUCCCCUACGAUACCACCAUCUCUUCCCUCACCACGUCCGGAAUUCCCGUCGGCUGUUCGCCGGGUGGCACCAUCUUGGGCGGUGCACUCGAUCGCCAGGGCAUUUCAGAUCCCCGAGGCAACACUCCGCUCUCCGACGUGCUCCUCCCUGAAAAUAGCCUCCUCUAUUUGACCGAGGACGUUCCCGUCUUUGGGAUCUGGGAGGAUGCCACUCUGUGA